UUUGAGGUCCAUGCCUGAAAAGACAGAAUGGAAACUUUGCUACACCAGCUGACUCAUGGCAAUGCUCUGCUCCUCAUCUUUAUUUUGGGAAUUGGCGGAACCUUUCAUUCUGGCUACCACCUUACUGGACUGAGUUCUCCCUCGCCGUACAUACAGCAGUUCAUCAACAGCAGCUGGUAUGACAGAUAUGGAGAGCCUCCACCUCCGCAGACUGUCACAAUGAUCUGGUCCCUUAUCGUUUCCCUGUACGCUGUGGGGGGACUCUUCGGCGUCAUUAGUGUCAAAUUUGUCUCACGCAUGCUGGGAAGAAAAAAGACGGUGAUCUUCAACAGCGUUAUCGCCAUUGUGGGAGCGGGAAUCAUGCUGACGAGUAAAAGUGCCAAAUCAUAUGAAAUGAUUGUAGUGGCGAGGAUCCUCUAUGGCUUCACGGCAGGUUUGGGACAUAGCAGCCAUUUAAUGUACCUGGCAGAGAUUUCACCCAGAAAACUCAGAGGCAUAGUGACUCUGACCUCAGCCACCUUCAUGUCUCUUGGCAAACUGUCAGGACAGUUUUUUGGACUGAGUGUGAUCCUCGGUCGUGAGGAGCUGUGGAACGUCGUCCUCUGCGUCCCUGCAUUCUUCUCAGUGGCUCAGAUCAUAGUGUUGCCUUUUCUUCCCGAGGCUCCCAGAUACUUGUUCAUAGAGAAAGGCGACGAUAAGGCUUGCAAAAAAGCUCUCCAGAGUCUGUGGGGCCAAGGUGACUACAAAGAGGAGAUGGACGACAUGUUGGCUGAGCAGGCAGCCGUCGAGGCAGCCCCACCGAAAAACCCCCUGCAGCUCCUGAGGGACAGGACUGUCCGAUGGCAGCUCGUGACCGUGUUCAUCAUCUACUGCUGCAACCAGCUGUCAGGCAUGUCUGUGGUCAGUAUCUUCUCUUUUGACAUCUUCCUUGAGGCAGGUAUACCAAGAGAGAAGAUCCGCUAUGUCACUCUCGGUCUCGGAGUAACUGAAAUCCUCACUUCCAUCUCCUGUGGUCUGCUGAUUGAGCACACAGGGAGGAGGCUGCUGUUGUGGGGGGGUUAUGGUCUCAUGUCUGUCACCUGGGUGUUGGUCACCGUCACGCUCAACCUGAAGGACUCCAGCUACUGGGUUCCAUACAGUGCCGCCAGUUUGAUCAUCCUCUUCAUCAUCUUCUUCGGCGGUGGACCUGGGGGAGUUACACCCACUCUCAGCAGUGAGCUCUUCAUCCAGUCUGAUCGACUGGCAUCGUUGGUCCUCAUUGGGAUCCAGCGCUGGGUGCUGUUCGCUGUGCUGGGUCUGGUCUUUCCGUUCCUCAUUACUGCCCUCAACGCGUUCUGCUUUGCGCUGUUCGCCUGUGUGUGCCUGCUGGGUUGUCUUUUUACUUUCUUCUUCCUGCCUGAGACGAAAGGAAAGACCCUGCUGGAGAUCUCAGAGGAGUUUAAAGCCAUCACUGUCUGUGGGAAAUCAUUCUCAGAGAGAAAAAUACUGGAGACCAAGUUAUAAGGAAGACCUGAAGGAGUCGCAGCAGACUGUUGCUUCAGACUAACCAGGGGAAUGAUGAACGCGUUGUGUGUUUUAAUCAACUGCAAAAGCGUCACUUUGUGAAAACUGUUUAUCAUACAGGGGAAAAACAACUGUAAAAUAAAUAAAUAAAAAGCUUCAACAGGUGUUGUUAUUU